GGUUGCUCGGAGACCGGAGGACGCGCCGAGCGGCGGGUUUCCGCCCCCUGCAGGGGAUAGAAAUAACGUGGCGCCGUUUCAGACGCUGGGGGCGGUGCACAGCCCCUUCCUCAGGCUCCGGCCCAGCUUGCGCGUUCUCCACAGCGGCCUCUGAGGCGACCCGCAGAGCGCGUCAGGAUGGCCGAGGAAAAGAGUGAAAAACUAGUGCUGGAGGAAACUGCGUAUGAAGAAAUAGAAAGGGAUUUUCAGGAGGUUCUCAGUGAACUUUCAGGAGACAAAAGUUUGGAGAGAUUUAGGGUUGAAUAUGAGAAGCUUCAUGCUGUCAUGAAAAAGUCUUAUGACAAUGAAAAGCGUCUGAUGGCCAAGUGCAGAGAGCUGAAUGCGGAAAUCGUGGUUAAUUCCGCGAAGGUCGCCACUGCCCUGAAGCUCUCUCAGGAUGAUCAGACCACCAUCACAUCCCUGAAGAAGGAAAUUGAAAAGGCUUGGAAGAUGGUGGACUCAGCCUAUGACAAAGAGCAGAAGGCAAAGGAGACGAUUCUUGCCCUGAAAGAGGAAAUAGUGAACCUAACCAAACUAGUCGAGCAAGGGUCUGGACUCUCCAUGGACCAGGAUAGCAAUAUCCGAGAUUUGCUGAAGUUCAAAGAAGAAGUGACAAAGGAGCGAGACCAACUCUUGUCAGAAGUGGUGAAAUUACGAGAGGCCUUAGCUCAGACCACUGAACAGCAACAAGAAAUGGAGCGGUCCAGGGAAGAGGCAGAGCUGGCCAUCAGUCAGUUCCAACAAGAAAUCCAGCAACAUCAGAACGAAGCUUUACGGGAGACUCGGAAGAAGGAAAAACUAGAGAAAGAGCUCAAGCAGAUGCAGACGGACAUGGACACCAGGCAGACAGAAACCAAGGCCCUGCAGCAGUACGUGCAGAAGAGCAAGGAGGAGCUUCAGAAGCUGGCGCAGCAGCUGAAGGAGCAGAAGAUACUGAAUGAGAGAGCUGCAAAGGAGCUGGAGCAGUUUCAGAUGAGAAAUGCUAAACUUCAGCAAGAGAACGAACAACAUAGUUUGAUUUGUGAGCAGCUAUCCCAGGAAAACCAGCAGAAGGCGUUGGAGCUCAAAGCCAAAGAGGAAGAAGUCCAUCAGAUGCGCCUUGACAUUGGGAAGCUCAACAAAAUCAGAGAACAAAUCCAUAAGAAAUUGCACCAGGUUGAAGGUCAAAAGGGAGAAGUGGAACAGCACAAGGAAACCCUGAAAAAUCAGAUCUUGGGAUUAGAGAGAGAGGUGGAGGCUUCAAAGAAACAAGCAGAACUUGAUAAGAAAGCAAUGGAUGAGCUUCUGAGAGAAAGGGACCUAUUGAAUAAGAAUAUGCUUAAGGCGGUCAGUGCAACCCAGAAACAGAUAGACCUGGUAAAGCUCCAUGAACAAGCCAAGAGAAACCUGGAGGAAGAAAUCCAGAACUACAAAGAAGAGGCUCAGAAGCAGAGAAAGAUUAUCUUUCAACUGGAAAAGGAGCGAGAUCGGUACAUCAAUGAAGCCAGUGACCUUACCCAAAAGGUCCUCAUGAACAUGGAAGGCAUAAAAGUCCGUGAAAUGCAGAUUUUUGACUACAGGAAAAAAAUCGCUGAAUCAGAGACUAAAUUAAAACAGCAACAGAACCUGUAUGAAGCUGUGAGGUCAGACAGGAAUCUGUAUAGCAAAAAUCUGGUUGAAGCUCAGGACGAAAUAACGGAAAUGAAUAGAAAAUUAAAGAUUAUGACCCAUCAGGUAGAUCAAUUGAAAGAAGAAAUCUCAGCCAAGGAGUCAGCACUUGUGAAGCUACAUCUGGAACAGCAGCAUAUAGAAAAGGAGAAGGAAACGUUGAAGGCCGAGCUGCAGAAGCUGAGACAACAAGCGCUGGAGACCAAACACUUCAUUGAAAAGCAGGAAGCCGAAGAGAGAAAACUCCUGCGAAUCAUUGCCGAGGCUGACGGGGAGAGGCUGAGACAGAAGAAGGAGUUAGACCAGGUCAUCAGCGAGAGAGAUAUCCUUGGGUCACAGCUAGUCCGGCGCAAUGAUGAGUUGGCUUUGCUCUACGAGAAGAUCAAGAUCCAGCAGUCCGUGCUGAAUAAAGGCGAGAGCCAGUACAACCAGAGGUUGGAGGACAUGAGAAUCCUCAAACUUGAGAUCAAGAAGCUUCGCUGGGAAAAGGGGAUUCUUGCCAGGAGUGUGGCUAAUGUUGAUGAACUCAGGCAGGAGCUUUUUCACACGCAAAGGGAAUUCCUGAAGGAGAGGACAAGAUGCCGAGCCCUGGAGGAGGAACUGGAGAACCCCAUGAAUGUGCACAGAUGGAGAAAGCUCGAGGCCAGUGACCCCAGUACCUUUGAGCUGAUACAGAAAAUUCAUACCCUGCAGAAGCGUCUCAUCAGCAAGACAGAAGAGGUGGUUGAAAAAGAGCUGCUCCUUCAGGAAAAGGAGAAACUGUAUGUGGAACUAAAGCACAUCCUGGCCCGGCAGCCUGGGCCUGAGGCUGCAGAGCAGCUACAGAUCUACCGCCACACGCUGCGGGAGAAGACCAAGCAGCUUAAAGUUUUGUCUUCAGAAUUGAAUAUGUAUGAAUCACAGAGCCAAGAAUAUAAGUAUGAGAUUGAGAAACUUAGCAAUGAACUGCUGAACUUAAAGAAGAAAUACCUUGCUCAGAAACGUAAAGAAUACAUUCAGAAGAACAAGGACAGAAUAGGCAUGGAGAAUGCCUUCUCAAUGGCCAAACCAGCUGGCCCUCGUUUUAAGGGGGGUGGAUUUCCCCUCAGCAAGUCAUCCAAGAUGAAGUCCUAACUCCAAGCUGCUGGCUGGGUCCAGCUGAACAGCUCAUGAAAUUCACUCUGGAA